AUGUAAUAACAAAUUAUCAGGAUCCUUGCAAUCUUAAGUUAAGUUACUAAAGUAUUUAUCAAUAAGUUAAUAAGCGAAUGGAUGAAAAUAAAGAAAACUAACUUAACAAAUUAUGAAUAUCACAUAUUAUAUGUUUACUAAUUCUAAUCAUAAAGAUAAUUUAAUUUGCAAAAAUUGUCAGGAGUCGCAACUAACAAAAUCAACUUAGCUGUUAAGAUUUUAAAAAUCAGAUCUGAAAAAACUCAAGUUCAACAAAAAAGUUUAAGAAAAUAGGUACCCUCUAGCUUUAAGGAAACGAAAAUAUCUAUCGUUUAUAAUAUGAAGACAAUGAGACAAUUAUUAUUGAGUUACACCCAGUAUGUUACUCAGAAAGUAAUGAUAAUAUUUGUUGAUAAAUUGAAUUAUUCUAAAAUCAAAGUCUAUCUAUCCGUAAAUAGAGGAGUAACUUAAACUAAUAGAAUAUCAUUUUGGACUAAAAAAAUUUGA